AGGUCAUCCUUCCACGGAAGAAAAAGUCUCUCAGUUUCUCUCCCCUCUCUCUUCCUCCGUCUUCCUUCCCAAACUGAUCUCUCUCUUCUAUCUUCCUCAACGCCUUUAACUUCUUCAUCUUCUUCUGAGUGAUGGGUGUAAGCUACCCCUCCUGUCACACUUCUCAUAUCACUGUGAUCCUCAUCACGAGCUUCUUCCGCCAUAAGCCUUAGAAAUCAAGUUUGGUUUCAUGGCCGUUGGUUCUUCGGUCGAAGAUAUGGCUAUUUGAGGUAAAACCUGGGAAUUCGCAUUCAGGAAUCAGGACAGCUGGUUUGCCAUGGUGGGUAGACGGGCAAUUGGCGGUUCUAAUAAUAUGACCGUUGUGUUUCAAAACCAAGGGAUUCCUUCCUCUUCGCAGUCUCUUGAAGCUCUCUUAAUUUCUACCUCUUCUCCUUUACAAGGUUCGAGUACAAUGGUCAGCUUUGAGGAUGUUCGUGGAGGAAGCCAGCCAAACAAUUCUUUCUUCCGGUCCCUUGAGCAGGAAGAUAAUGGUGAUGAAGACUUGGAUGAAUGCUUUCAUCAACCUGAAAAGAAGAGACGGCUUACAGCUAACCAAGUCCAGUCUCUUGAGAGAAACUUCAAGGUAGAGAAUAAGCUUGAACCAGAAAGGAAAAUCCAGCUUGCAAGAGAUCUUGGUUUGCAUCCUAGACAAAUUGCCAUUUGGUUCCAGAACCGGCGAGCUCGGUGGAAAACGAAGCAGUUGGAGAAGGAUUAUGAAGCUCUUAAGGCAAGCUGCGAUAGCCUUAAGGCUGACUAUGAGAACAUCCUUAAGGAGAAGGACAAACUGAAAACUGAGGUUCUUUUGCUCACAGACAAGCUGCUUAUCAAAGAGACAGAGCAGGGAAACACUGAACCCUCUGAUCACAAGGAAUUGUCUGGUCCACCAUCUCAGAAAUCCAUUCCUAAUCCAGAAUCAGAGGAGAAAACAUCCAGUGUUACCGUAGUCUGUAAGCAGGAAGAUAUUAGUUCAGCCAACAGUGAUGUCUUUGAUUCCGAGAGCCCACAUUAUACUGAUGCAGGUCACUCUUCUCUUUUAGAGCCUGCUGAUUCUUCUCAUGUUUUUGAACUGGACCAGUCAGAUCUCUCACAGGAUGAAGAAGAUAACUUGAGUGAGAGCCUAUUUCCUCCUGCUUACAACUUCCCAAAACUUGAAGAUGGCCUAUACUUGGAUCCGCCUGAAAAUUCUUGUAAUUACGGAUUCCUGGUUGAGGAUCAAUCAUUUUGGUUCUGGUCCUAGCGAGUAAUUGCUGGUAUAUAUACACAUAUAUAUAUAUAUAUCUGUCCCGCUUUCUUUUUGUGGAAUAUAUACUUUAAUCGGUUGUAGAGGCAAUACAGACCAAUUAAUGGGCACCCCAAACCAGGUGCUGGUGGCCUGGUGGGUUUUGUUCAUUAUUGUUAAUGGUGGCUAUUGCAUCUUUUGUAAAUUAUCUGUGGGAGGUUUUGUUGUGAACUUGCUAAGCUUUUUUGUUUGAAUGUAAAGUCCAUUUUGUUGUGA